AUGGACGAGGAUCACAUGAACGGAAUGACCGAUAUGUCACCGUCACCAAUCGCUGCCACAGGAGCAUCACCGAAGAUGGCAGGCGACAUGAUGCACCAUCACCCGAUGAUGCACAUGGCCUUUUUCUGGGGCAAAAAUGGUGAAAUUUUGUUCCCGGGUUGGCCCGGAACUAAUUCGGGUCCGUUGGCGGUGGGAUUGGUUCAGACCCUGGUUCAUACACUGCGAGCCGGAUUGGCUUAUAUGUUGAUGCUGGCGGUGAUGUCGUUCAACGGCGGUGUGUUUCUGGUGGCGGUGGCAGGUCACGCGCUUGGAUUUCUUGUGUUUGGGACCUGGAUUUUUAAGAAGCCGCCGCCGCCGCUCGCCGGCGAUAAAAGCUCCGAUAGAUCUCCGAUGAUAUGUGCUUAA